AUGGUCGCCGUGCCCGUGGGCUACACCGCCGCUGCGCUGGCGCUGGGGCGCGCGGCGCUGGACAGCGCCUGCCGGGAGGCCGGCGGGUCGGUCGCCGGGGCCGCUGUCAUGCCUUCAACAGAGCUGCUGCAGCGUCUGCUCAGGAACGGGUACCAGGAGGCCAGCACCGUGGAGCAUGAAGUGAAUCCACUUUGUACUGCCCCUGCGGAGUUGGCGCCCAGCAUCUGGGGUGGGGAUUCCUUGCCCAGCUGCAAGACAGCUGCCUCGAGCGUUUUCGACACGCCAGCCGCGCCUCUGUGGACUGCCCAGGAGAGCGCACAGCUGCUGACCUCUAGCACUGUGGAAAAGAGGGCUGCCUGGCAGAUGCCCGCGCUGGGCCUGUCGCCCUUCAUCGUCGACAGCUCUCAGACUCCGAGCAGUGUGGCAGAAGUCAGAACAGCCCAAGAGAUUGAGGAAAUGCAACAGGGCAUCACUGGAGCACGGCGGAUUAGUGGCAGGGCCGUGCAAUUGAACAUGACCCUCUUGGUUGCUGGCUUCAUCAUCGGGCCCUGCGGCGUGUCGAUCCGCGACAUUGUGUGCAAGUCCGGCGCGAGCAUUUCAUCGUGCACGAGGAUCUCGAGGACCUUGAAUGGCAGGAGGAUACGCGUCUUCCACAUCAAGGGCACUCCAGAUUCGAUCUCCCUUGCAGUGAAAAUAAUGCUCAUGGCUGUGGGCCGCUACAAGGACCUAGCGGAGGGCAAGUACAAAGGCAGGCGUGUGCGAUCUGCACAAGUCGUGGAAGGGGUGGAGUUUGUUUAUCGCCCGCCGCCCAAGGGCAGAGUUCCUCACGCGGCGUCCAUAGACUGCCAGUGGUACAGCCUCGGGGAGGAAUAG